UGGACUGGAGAGGAGUUGGGUCUCAUUGGGUCCACUGAAUGGGUCGAAGAGCACAUUCAUCUAUUGUCUCAAAAAGCUGUCGCGUAUAUCAAUGUCGACACUUGUAUAAAGGGUCCGAAUCUGAGUCCUGACGCCUCGCCCUCUCUAAUGGAAAUUCUACGCGAAGUCACAGAAUAUAUUCCGUUCAGAAAUACUACUCUUUUGAACGAAUGGAUUGAAUAUCAGGAAUACAUUAGUGGAGAGUUAGAUAAACCCAAAAUCCAGACCCUGGGUUCGGGCACAGAUCACGCCCCCUUCGCAUUCUUCGCUGGCAUUCCCGCUAUCAAUAUUGAGUUCACAUUUGAUAAGAAAAAAUACCCGAUAAGUGGUUAUCCGGCUUAUCACACGGGAUACGAGACUUUUUAUUUGGUCGACAAAUUCAUUGAUCCCGACUUUUCACUACAUAAGACGUGUUCGCAAUUGUUGGGAGUAUUACUGCACGCUAUCUCUGGCUCUACACUAAUACCGUACAGAAUCGAUGAAUUGGCGAAUAGAGUGCAAACAGAUUACAAAAACAUGUGGAAAAGAGAUCCAAAUCACGAUCAGUUCAUAUCGAAAAGUGACUUCAUUUACGACAAUAAGCCAUUAAUAGAUAUGUUGGAGAAAUCGAUCGCUGCGUUCGUGUCGGCGGCCAAAGAUUGGAGAGAAAUGAUAAGGGAUUUGGAUUUGAAUAAUCCAUUUCUA